AUGUCAGCUUCCAUGGAUGACGCAUCUAUUCCUCCAGCUGUAUCCACGUCGACGACCCCAGCGUCUGCCGUUUCAUCUCCAGUUCCAAAGCGUCUUCAGGAAAGCAUCCGAAAUUUCAAUGGGCACCUGGAACAGCAAGCGGAAGGUCUGCAAACUAUCGCAGAUGACGCGGUUUCGCCGAGUAGCCGAGACAGCGAGUGGAAUCAUGGUCAGCAGAGUUCCAAGCAGCAUCGGCAAGGGGAGGAGCACGAGGCAAGACAAGGCUCAAUGGAGGGCCAGGAGAGUGAGGGCCUGCUAUGGUUUGAUCUCUCGCGUUUGCGACCAGUGAUCUAUGACCUCCUCACGGGUCUCGCAGUCAUAGUGGCAUUGAUCCUACUCAUGUCCUAUCUUCGUCCGCUGUGGAUCUGGGCCAACGGACGCAUUGACCUAAUUCAGCACACAGAAUGUCCAAUACAUUCACAAGACGGCAUGUCGGCUGGUCAUGUACCCUCGAAGAUCCAAGACGGAUUUGCCAAGGCAGCCUGGAUGUUGCCAAGGCAUUGGGAGGACUGGUCGAGUGAUCCACCUUUUCAGCCGUCCAGGGACAUAGGACUGGUCUAUUGGCCGAGAGCUACGCCUGCAGAUGAUCAUGUUCAUCGAAUAGAGAGGAGGCUCAGAAUGUCUCGAUCAGCCGUGGGUAGGCUACAAGACCUGGGGCAAAGCUCGCAACCGUCGAAAGCUGUGACUGUCCUGAGCGAAAUCGUGGGACCCCUGCUACCCUGCCUUGGAGGUGAGACAGCGGAGCAGCCACUCGUCCAUCAGAUCUACAACGAUACCAACAUGCCGACAUCAUGUAAAGUCAGUAUCUUCACUCGCUGGCACAACUUUCGUAAUUUACUGAAGAUCAUGGACAACACGGGCAGGCUGUACGACUGGAGCAUGGACUAUAUGGAAGCCAUAGAGACGGUCAGAAAGAGUCUCCACAACGUCACGCAAGAGCUGCAACUGGCGAGAGCUGCACUAUCUGGGGAACUAGAGAGGCAGAUUGUUACGAUUGCCGCGGAAGCAGUGAAGACCCGGCCUUUCUGGGAGCUGCCCUUCGGGCCCUCAAUCCAGACAAGGAGAUCAGAAUCAUCGAAUGGACUACCGACCCAAUUCGCAAGACGCUUCUACCACCUGGAUAAGAUUCAGAGUGCAUAUGCCUUCCUGCUCUGGUCAGAUUACCUUGUCCAGGUGAUGGAUGGAGUCUUAGUAGAUCGCAUCAAGCGCCUGGAGCAUAUCAGACACAGUGUUGAUCGUCUGGAGGAGCAUGGUGCUCGAAGCACGGUACGGCAUCUGUUUUCUCACGGCGCCUGGCAUGCGGCACGAUAUGGCAUGAUCGACAUCCUGCCUAUCACGGCUCUUGGGGUCUUCCAACAUGUGGAGACAUUGACGAAAUCAGGCGAGCAGCAUCAUUUUCGAGCUGCAGCUUGUGCCUGGACACAAAAGCAUAUGCCGUUGCACGAGCAUUGUACCUGUAAUAAUACUAAGCGCGGCAAGCGAUGGCAUGUCCUGCGGAUGACGGAAGAUCGGCUCGCGGAGCAGGCAGAGAGGCAGUUGAGGCACUACUUUUGGGAAGAGUUGGAGUAUGCGAAGAUCCAUUGGGACAGUAGUACGGAAGUGGAGGCGCGAGAAGAUGAAGCUGAGAUCAAAUGGAGGUGGCUGGACAUCAGGACACAUCAGAGUUGUAGGCCUGCUGGCAGUGAUGAUCGACCUUACAAUCCGUAA